AUGUCUAUGAUGCCAAGAUGGGGAGAUGAAGAGGAGACAGAGAAAGGGAGUUCCACCAUUGAUCUAAUUUUAAGAACUUCUUCACAUGGCAGUGAUGAAGCAAUUGCUGCAUUCUUGGAAGCUUCCGGAGGGUCUUUAAAGGAACUUUCGCUGAAUAAUGUUCGUGAGGUUGGAUUCAAUACUGCCUUGUCCCUUGCCAAGUGUUCAAGAAAGUUGUUGAGUUUGGAUCUAUCAUGGUGCCGUAGAAUAACUAACGAGGCACUGGGAUUGAUCGUGGAUAGCUGCUCGUUGCUGAAGCUGCUCAAACUUUUUGGGUGUACACAGAUAACAGAUGUGUUUGUUUUUGGGCACUCAAACCCGUUGGUACGGAUUGUUGGACUAAACACGACUCCAUUGUUGGAACAUCUCUAUGUGCUUGAACCUGAGGAAGUUUUAUUGCGAUAUUCUGCUCUGCCACCUUUUCCUGAUUCUGAAUGCGUGGAUCACCAAGUUGUAUGAUACAGUUCAUCUAACAAUUCCUUGCGUUCUUUGCACCUUCUGGAAUUUUUCUUCUGCAUUUUUUUUGGGAGACGCUCAUUCUUCUUCCGUAUAGUGAACCAAUAAUGACCACCACAUGUGGAUUGUAAAAAUAAAAAACUUCAUUUCUUUCACACUUGGCGGGUGAAAGCAAACAUGAUCUCUAAUGCCUACAUAUAUAUUGCUAUACGAUGUGUACGAAGUAAAUCCUAUGAAUUUUGCUUACCCAUGCGUUUCUUGCAGUAAGAGAGAUUAUCGAAUCAUAGGAUUAUUUUGAGUUGCAGAAUUUGGAUUCUCAAUUGCAC